AGAUUUCAGUUGGGGGAAGGAUGGAUGGAAGGAAGGAAGAAAGAAAGCUAGAAGACAGGUCUCCCUCCGCGUCGUGACUCGGCCAUUAAACCUCUCCACCGUCGACUCUGCUGCUCUCCUCUCAGCCUCUCUCUCGUUUGUUUUAUUUUUUUAAUCAUUUAUAUAUCUGACGCCAUAAAUAUACUUUCUUUCUAGCUUUUUUUGGUAAUCUACGAAACGGUCUUUGCCAAUUGAAUCCUUCUUCUUCCUCUCCUUCCACCAACAUUAACAACAACAGCAACAACCACCCUUCUUAUUUUCCUUUCUUCCAUUGCCUUUCCCGGAUCAUUAGAUGGAGCAAAGGCGCAUCAAAUUGUGUUGCCACUGAAUUUUUUUCUUUUUGAUCUCAUGUAUGGAAUAAAAUAAUGUGGGUUGUGUUUGACUUUGGCAGUUGGGCAGGAGCAGUUCAUCUUGGUAGAUUGUAACUCAGUAUAAGUUAACAUUAGAUGCAGGGUCACGCUUAUGCUGCCAGACAGGGGGCAUAUAGUGUUGGUGAAAGUUCUAGCUCCACAUCAUGGAGUAGUCAGCAGGAUACUGAGGAUGACCGAAUGAUUGCUCUUGUACUAUCAGAAGAAUACGCCAACCUAGAUGGUGCAGUUGCCCGACGCCUCGCCAACCUGGCACCUAUUCCUCAUGUUCCACGGAUAAAUUCAUAUAUACCCACCAUAAAUGAUGCCAGUAUGGAUCACCAAAGGCUUCUUCAGAGGUUAAAUGUUUAUGGUUUAUAUGAGGUGAAGGUUUCUGGGGAUGGAAAUUGUCAGUUUCGUGCACUUUCAGACCAGAUGUACAAGUCACCUGAACACCACAAGUAUAUUCGAAAAGAGGUCGUGAAACAGCUGAAAGAUUGCCGCUCAUUGUAUGAAGGAUAUGUCCCGAUGAAGUACAAACGUUAUUACAAGAAAAUGGCAAAAUCUGGUGAAUGGGGGGACCAUGUUACAUUACAAGCAGCAGCCGAUAAGUUUGCAGCAAAGAUCUGCUUGUUGACAUCUUUUAGAGAUACUUGUUUUAUUGAAAUUACGCCACAAUACCAGUCACCUAAACGCGAAUUGUGGUUAAGUUUCUGGUCCGAGGUCCACUACAAUUCACUAUAUGAAAUCCGAGAUGCUCCAAUCCCGCAGAAGCCAAGGAAGAAGCACUGGUUGUUUUAGAGGAAGGAAGAAGCACUGUUGACACAUAGAUUGGGAUUUUGUUAUAUAUAUAUAUAUAUAUAAAUUUAAUGUUGUGUAUAUUUUUGGUUAUAUCAUGUGUUGUAUUUUGAUAUAAUUCAUUAUUCUUCUCCUUAUUAAUAUUAUUUACAGUUGGUGUUA